CCCUUUCACCUUUUAAAAACCCUCCCAAGUACCCAACCAGUAUUCUCUAUUUUCUCCCCUAAAGGCGGCUUGGUCACAGGUCAUCGAUGGCGAUGGAGGUGGCCAGCGGUGGCAAGUGCAUCGAUGACAAAUGAAGAGGUAGGCAGCGAGGACAAUGAAGUCGACGGUGGAAGUGUUUGAUCUGGAGACUAUCUUUCUCCUCCAAUGGCGAUAUGGUCAUGAGUUGUCGAUGGCGACGGAGGAGGCAGGCAGCGUGGGCAACGAUGGUGAUCGCCUCGACGGAGGAAGGUUCAGAUAUGGAUACUCUCUUUCUCCUCCUAUGGAGCAUGAUCGCGGGGUCGAUGAUGAUGAUGAUGAUGAUGGAGGAGGCAGUUGGUGAGGGCGUCAAAUGGCAACGGAGGAGAUAGGCGAUGAGGGAGGGAUCUGGGUUUUGUGAUGGAGCAAUUUUGGGACGAUGAAUCCUCGAUGGAUCUGGCGUGGUUGAUUCGACGACUAAAGAGUUGCGAUGGAA